UUUGUAUGAUCUCUUCUGCCGGUCGGUAUUACGAAGUCCACAUGUCGGCUGACGCUCUAGCUAAAUUGAAUAUUUCAGCCAUGGAGCGCACUUUCAUUGCUAUCAAGCCCGAUGGCGUUCAACGCGGCCUUAUUGGGGAUAUCAUCAAGAGAUUCGAAGUUAAAGGCUUCAAGCUUGUGGCCAUGAAAUUCAUGCAGGCGUCAGAGGAUCACCUGAAGCUGCACUAUGCUGACUUGUCCGACAAGCCUUUCUUUGCCGGCCUGGUGAAGUACAUGGCGAGCGCUCCAUUGCUAGCCAUGGUGUGGGAAGGCAAUAACGUAGUGCGCACCGCACGCAACAUGAUGGGCGAGACCAAGCCUUUCGACUCCAAACCUGGCACCAUCAGAGGAGACUUCUGCAUUGAUGUCGGCAGGAACAUCAUUCAUGGUUCUGACUCCGUCGAGUCUGCCAAUAAGGAGAUUGCGCUCUGGUUCAAGAGUGAAGAGCUUGUGAGCUGGACUCAAGGCAGUCAUGCAUGGAUCUACGAGUAAGACCGCCAGGUGCCUGGACCCCAAGUCGCUUAAUGUCUUCCUGCUCAUGUGAUCCAAGCUCAUUCAAAUACCCAUCUAAAAAAUAAUUGUCUGUUUACUUGUUCUUCUAAACUCACGUUUGGCCCAAUCCUAAAUAUAUUUUCCAGUGAUGUUUGUGCUUGGAUUUUAUUGUUAAAUUAAGGUAACACUUGAUGAAUUAUUACCAAGACAGGCCAGACUAGAAUAGCUUAAGUCUUCAAUAACAAUCCUAAAGGAAAUUCUUAGUAUCGUUAGAGCCAAGAUCAUGGAAAUGACAGUAAAUGACAAGUUUCCC